AUGAAGUUCAAUCACCAAGUACGAAAGGCAGUGUGGGAUGAUGUGUCAGGGAAAUGGUCGGUGUUUUUGGACGAUAUCCGUAAUGGAACGACUAUAACAGACACUGCAGAAGUUCUCAUUUCUGCUGUAGGUAUUCUGAACGCAUGGAAGUGGCCUGAAACUCCAGGACUGUAUGACUUCAAGGGAGUUCUAGUGCAUUCAGCCGCCUAUCCUGAGGAUCUUGAUCUCCAAGGGAAACGUGUCGCUUUGAUUGGCGGUGGCUCCUCUGGUAUUCAGAUAUUGCCACAAAUUCAGAAACAGGCAAAAGUUGUCCACCAUUACAUGAAGGGCCGAACUUGGAACCCAACAGCUGGAAUUGGAGGUGAAGGAUUAGCCAAGAGGGGAGGAGAUCCGAAAACGCCUCUCGAAGAUCUUGAGCGGCUCAAAAACGACCCCGCAGCUUACCGAGAAUAUCGUCGAACAGUAGAAGAUUUACUGAACCGUCUAGUUGAGGCCUUGUACAAGGACACUGAAGGUGCAAAGCAGCUCUUCGAUAUCUGUAAAGCGCAUAUGAAGGAGAAGCUGUCAAAAAAACCCGGAAGUAUUCAAAGCUAUUGUUCCAGACUUCCCUCCUGGUUGUCGAAGGAUUACACCAGGGCCAGGAGUAAGCUUCGUUACUGA